AACAUAAUAGUUAUGUUGUAAAGUGAAACCCACGUGUCCUAAGUACUAAUAGCUUACCAUGGACAAUAAGAAGAAAAUCAGAAAAGUUAUCAAACUUGUUGCCAAAAAUGUGAAGGAUUUUAAAGAUGUGUCAAGGAAGGAAUUAAGUUCAGCAUUUCGAUCAGCCAUAAACAGUCUGCCAGUCAAUAGUGUCAGAGAAGCUAUUGAAUCCCAAUAUGAGAGUAAUCUGCGUGAGCUAGAAAGAAGAGUGAUAAAAACAAGAAGAGAAGUUCAUGGCCAAACCAAGACAUACCAUAUGCUUGAUACAGGACAGAUAUGGAAGCAACCGAUGUCUGAUCACGAGGCAGAGAAAAUAAGAUGUUGCUUUAUUAGCAAGAAGUUAAGGAAAGGGCAUGAUAUUAAGGGAGAUUUGCAAUUAUUAAAGACAUAUCAAGGGGAUAAAAAAGUACUAUUCAGACUUGGUUGUGCUUCUAUAACUCUAGAGAGCUUGAAAAACAUCAUGAAGAUUUAUAUGGGAGAUUUUCACUCUGAAAUGGAAGGAGUGUUACAGACAGAAAGUAUUCCAGAAAUUGAACAAUUGGCAGAUAACAUGGAGGAAUAUUUGAGACUGUUUGGGAUGAAGUAUAGACAUAUUCCGACGAAGAAGGAGACAUCACUACCCAAGUAUGGUGACAUCAUGGCCUGCAUCUCCUCCUUGUGGUUGGACAUGAAAAUACAACUCUCAAGGACUUUAGAAAAGAAGGAAAAGAAAAUAUCUGCACGAAAACUUUGUGGCUUUUUGAGUUUUCUGAUCCCUGAUGACUUUAAGCUGGAUGUUUUAAUGCAGAUGGAGGAGCUUACUCAAGAGGAUGAAAAGUUCCUAUGGCCAAUUAUUCAAAAAUUCUUAAAAGAACAAAAGAUUGAGGGAAGCAGCAAAAUGUACCUAAAAUACAUCCUCAGCAUAGUGAUUUUGAGUAAGAAAUUUCCAGAGACCAUGGAUGAAUACAAACAGGCAGCCCGGAGAAUUCCUGCUCCAAGUGAUUUCAUUUCAUGGAUGUCGACUCAGAAUCCUAUGCUAAUGGAUUCCAUCCCAACCGACAGAAAAUUUGUUGGAUGUCACGUCACCAAGUUUUUGUUGGAGGAUGUAGAUGACGAUCUAAUGGAGCAGUUAUUAGACGUACUAACCUCUGGGAGGGAAGAACAGGGCGAUACAGCAGAAGAGACAUCAGAUGUAGAGAUUAUAGAGGAAACGGACACUGUUCCCCGCGGUUCAGCUCCGUCUGGUGAUGUCUUCUUCAUCGACACAGGGAAACCCAAGGUAAGAGAUGAUGACAUUGAAGAGGAGGAUGAGAUAGAUGUAGACUCCGGCAAAGGUUCAAAUUCACCUAUGAUUUCCAUUAGUGAUGAGGAAACUGAACCUGCCAUAAUCCUGGAAGAUGCUCUGGAUGAAAUUGGUGACAUCCUCCAUACUGUGGAAGGUGGUGAAGCAGGGGACAGUGAAUUAGAGGAGGAAGAUGUUCAUGUAGUGGACUUAGCUGACAGUGUCCUAGGAAAAUUCCAGAAAUCUUGUGAAAGUGCCAAAAAAAGAAACAAAAUUAAAGAGGAGGAUGUUAAAUUGCAUCCAAAGUCUUCAAGAAAAAAGUCACAUAUAGAAUCGGAGGAUAUACAAACUGUUGAAGAUGUUGCAGAAAAAGAGGAAGAUGUUGAAUUGUCACCAAUAGCUCCAGCCCGAUCUCUAAGAUCUUACUCCAAAAAAACUCCAGUAGUACAUGUAAGUUCUCAAAAAUCAGCGGUUUGGGAUGAACAGAUUAAAGAGUCUGAGACUGGGGUUAAUGAUUCCAAGAUAAAGAAAUCCGAAUCUAAAGUGAGGGACUCUAGAUCCACGAGAGGCAAAGUGAGAGAGAAAAAGGAAGGUGGUGUAGCAGAGAUGGUGUCUUAUUCUGAGGUUGAGAAAGAAGAGGAAAAUAUUAAGAAAUCAAAAAGAGAUGCAAUCAAAUCAUCACCAAAUGUUCCAAAAAAAUCUCUAAGAUCUUAUUCCAAAAGAACCUCAUCCGUGAGCUCCCAGAGUUCAGCCAUGAAUCAAGGUGACAAAAUGAAAGAGAAAAAGGGUGAACAAAUGGAAGAUGAUGCAGCAGAUAGCAUGGUUUCAGACUCAUGUGAUUCUGAUGCGUCAGAAGAUAUUAUUAUUCCAAAUAUUAAGGAAAAUGUGGGACACAGAAUCAUCUCAGAAAGUAAUGAACAAAUGGAAGAUUUCAUGUCACCAGUCAUUGAAAACAUUCGAAUUACAGCAAAGAAAUCAACAAGGAAAAGGAAUUUGCAGGAAGAGUAUGUUUCUAUGGGUGAUGUAGAACCAAAUGUGGAUGUAGCUUACACUAAAAUUGUAUCACCACCGAAGUCAAACAUUUUUGGAAAAAGGGAAGACGAGAAAGAAGCUGCCGGUCACAUGACUAGAAGUAGGUCUAGAAGGAAAACCAUUUCUGAUCUUUCUUCACAAAACAAAGGGAAAGAUUUGAAGAGGAGAUCUUUGGCACCUAUGUGUAGCUUUGACUGUACACCUGAAAAAAAUACAAAAAUCACUGAGUAUUUUGAAAGAACACCAAUCAGAACCAGAGGAAAGGUGAUAUUUAAAGAUGAAAAUGUAGAGAUAGAAGAUGCACAGAAACUAAUGAAAGAGAAGGAAAGUAGAGCAACAAAGAAAGGUGAAGCAGAAGAGAGCAGUGGGAUUAAGAGAAAUGGGAUUGGGGAUGCAAGUCAACAGAAUACUGGGAGUCCCAAGAAAAAUAAAAGAGAUCCACAUGCUCACAAUGAGAAUAUCGAGGAAGUUAUAAAAACAAGGAGUCGUUCAGAAAAUGAAGGGAUUGACACUGAAUCCAAACAACAGGUUGAGAAAAAAUUAACACCAAAAAAUAAAACCUUCGAGUCAUUAAUUUCUGUAAAACCGUUGAAAACCUGGAGUCGAUCACAGUCAGAAUCCGACAAGAAUAAUGAUGAGAUAGCAUCAGAAAUGACUGUCACGAAGAAAUUAACCCCCAAGAAGACUCCAAGGGCCCGAGGGAGGAAUCUGAGAAGCAAUACAGUCCUUCUGAGUGAUGAGAUUUCAGUUAUAGAGACUUUAUCUUCCAGUAAUGACAGUUCUAUAACAGAGUUUCCAAGAAAAACUACUCGAACAACAAAGAAAAUGUAACAGUGCUGUCAGUUUAGUCUAGUCGAAUUAUCAUACCAGAAGCAAAGCUGUGCAUCUGAAGCACUUUUUCUGAUCAAUAUUUGUCAUAAAUCAUUUGUUUUGUCAACACAUCUGGAGUAUAGGAUAACUUUACCUGGGUUACUCAUCACAAACUGCAGAUAUAUAGGAUCUUCUCAACUCAGCCAGGAGGUUAUAAAACUUUUACCGCACUCAAACUCAGUCAUCUUUGUUUUGAGUACAACUCUGAGCAAGCUCCCAUCAUACUCUAAAAAUCUUGAGCAUGUACUCCAUUUGAGUAUGAGAAUGAUUUUAUGAAAGUUUUAUAACCUUCAGUUUUGAGUAUGAGUACUAUUUAGAGCACAGUUUGAGUAUGAAAAUGUGCUCAAAAAGUUUUAUAACCUCCAGGCCAGGCUAUCUUUCUUUCCUUUUUUCUAGAACAUCAACAUGAGGCUACUCACAUGUAGUCUGCUCUGCAACAGUUUUCUUACAUUGUAUUGUAAUUGACACUUGGCAGUAAUUGUAGUCGCAUUAGAAAUAUGUACCCCUGUCUUUAACAGAUUUGAGUUAGUUUCAUUUCUAUGCAUUGGCAUACUAGGUUUAGAACUUUGAGGUCUAUAUUCAUGUCUGCAUAUUCAUGUCUAUAUUCAUGGUUGUAAUCCAGUACCCCAAACAUUCAUUGUAAAGUUACAGUACUGUAUUCAAUUCAAUAGUCUCAUUAUUUUUCCAGUUCUGUGUCAGUUUUCUCCUCUACAGAUGUUCACAAAUUGUACUGAUGACGGGGAAAAAAAAUAUCUGAAAAAUUUGAUUCCAUUAUAUGUAUGCUUCAUGAUUUGUUUUUUAUUACGGGUGGGGAAGCUCUGGUUUAUAUUGUAAGGUUUUAAUCAGCAUGAACAAUUCGAUCUGGGUCCUUUAAGUAAAACUGUCUGUGUAAAGUUUUUCAUUAAAGUGAUAUUUGCACAUUGUGUUGUUUAUGAAUGCAUUUGACAAUUUAAAUUGAGUGGAAAAUUUUCUGUAGCAACAAGGCUACAAACAAAUUGAUUUUUCUUUUAAUGAUAACGAUUAAUAUUAUUUCAGUCUUGCUCAUAGAAAUUUGUUACAUUGAUAAAUAACAAAAUUGACACUGAUUACAGAGUUUCAAGAAAGCUAACAAUGAAGUCUGAAUUUUGAUUUUACUGUUGUUCAUUGAAUCCUGUAAAAAAAAUUUUUUUUGUUGUUGUUAUUACAAGUAAACACAAUAAAUUUUUAAUACCA